GGCUGACGUCUACCGUCAUUUUGACAUGCACUGCGUUGCAGCUCGUGCAUAGCUUUCGAGUGUUUCAUCUGGGUAAGGGUACAACGUUUUGUCGCGUCAACGUUAAGGCGCAUUUCUUCUGAUUUUAGCAAGAACGUCGACUAUAUUAAAUUCACUUGGUCGGCUUCUUGUGACGCCUACUAUUGCUGCGAGAGUGUGUAGGUUUUUCCUUCAGGCAUUACUCUGGAAAAUACUAUUCGACAUACAAGAUGUUGGCUACACGUUUUAUUUUUAGUCUUUGCCUAUUUGUGGCUCAUCAAGGCGUCAACGCCUUUUUCUAUCGUGCAGUUCCUAUGUACGAUCAGAAUGGUAAGCUGGUUCCGGAUUCCUCUAAUAUAGGUCCUUCAUCCUUACGAAUCGAGGCUACUGGUGUUGGUAGGAUUUGUUCUACUAUGCAAUCAGGUAUCUAUCUCAUCAAUCCUUACGCUCAGCGCUGCCCAAUUGGGAAGAGCAAAUGUGGACCUGAGCAUGAUUCCACCCUAGGAAAGUGUGCCAUGUACUCUGGUUGUUACACCAUCAGUAACGACUUCCGUGCUUGCUCAUGCUUGCCUGAUUACUUCGGCAACCCUUACAAGCAAUGCUUCAGACACUGUGACACGGAUUUGGACUGCCCUUCACCUUAUGCUGAGUGCAGGAUGGACGCAGGCGAGACGAUCAAGCGCUGCAAGUGCAGAGCAGGUUGCCCAGGUGAUGGUGUCAUUUGCAAGCCCGAUAAGAUCUGUACUGACUUGGCUGAAGACUCUGAGGCUCACCGUAGGUGCCUUCAGACCGGUAUCACCGACAAGACAUACGUUUGUGAUGACGGUUAUUACUUGGACACUGAUAACAAGUGCCAGCCGAUUGUUGAGCUUGAAGAUGAUAGGGUUGUGAGCGUAAUUGCCAGUGGCUACGUAAACGGCAGCCGUAUUGAUAUUGGUAACUGCUUUUCAAUUGAAAUUAACAAAGACAACGGUAUGUCUUACUUCUACCAACUUAACAGUGGUGACCCCGUUGUGAUUGACCAAAAAAUUAAGACCGACGACCAGUUGAUGUUGUUGUUCGAGGUUAAGGCUAAUGACAUUAUUGCCUUUACCACUACUGAGGCCAACCCUUCUGGUCUCACUAAAAUCUUCACUAUCUCAAAUGGUCUUAAAGGCUGCAAAAUCGACAGUGUUAUGAAGUACUCCCCAACCGGAGCUAAGGAGCACCCCUCAGGUGUCAGGGUUGAGGUUAAAGAGCUUGAAACUUCGAGCGAAAGGCAGGAGCUUUAGUCAAAAUGACGAACCGACUCAAAUAGAGUUUAAUUUUUUGUAGAAAAUUC